UUUGUUUCUCCCUUACUCAACCACGCAAGAAGUGGAGAUGGAUUGGCCAUACUCUGAGGGAACCGUCAGGUGACAUUACUAGACAGGCUAUCGCUCGAGUGGAACCCGAAAAGGAAGCGGGGAGUUGGUCGUCAAUGAGAGGGUGACUUGGAGGAGGUCAUGUGAAGAGGAGAUGAAAGCAUGUGGGCAGACUUGGAGCGGGGUGAAAACGUUGGCAGAGAACCUUGACGCAAUGGAGACGCGCGGCUGAAGCCCUAUGUUCCUCUAGGAAUUAAAGGAAAUAUUAAUAACAACCACGCAGUAUGUUAUUCCAAAAUCCGACGAUAAACACGCUUAGUUGUAUGGCCUAUGUAACUGGCUAAACAGGGGCAAUAUUUUCCAUCAUUUAACCCCUGCUUCUCCAUAUUAACCAUUAUUUAGACAGUAUUUUCUUAUUUUUCUCAUUAGUUAGCCAGAAUUCACUCAAUGGAUUAUCAUUCUUAAUACCUGCCCAUUCUUGGCCGACUGAGGCUUCUUCCUCUACCUAAUUAGUCCAUCGACUUUGUCUUGCUUUGUAAAAACAAUCUCUAGUCUAAAGUGUAUCAAAGAAGCAGAGUUCAGUGGUAUUACUAUGUAGUUUUUAGGAAUGGUAGUAGAGGAAUGACUAGAUGAAAGAUUGCAUUAGCUAGUGUAUAGGAACCUGAGAGUUAUAUCAGACUGAUGUAGAUGUCUGGUCAUUUCAGUGUAGAAGCAAUUGAUACUUCCUGUGGUAAUCGCAUGAGGAUUAGCUUGACUGACAUAGUAUCGAAGACUGUUCUGCACUGCUUCGAAGAUUAAAUGAGGGUCCAGAAAACCCCGGGAAGAUUUCAGAACCUGAUAAAUUCUCUUUAAUGACAUUUUAACCACUCCACACGUUCUAGAAUGCAUGGUAGUUAUAUACUUGCCGUAUUUACUUAUCUGAAAACAGCAUUUAGAUUCUGUCGACCUACAAGCGUUAGUGCAAUAAUACUAAAUAAACGGGAUUGAAAUGAGUAGAUGUGCUGAAACUCCAUUUAUUUGGGAAGUGGAAUAGGCCUAAUAGACUGAUUGCUGGUAAAAUCCCUGAAGGCUAUUUUCACACAUGUCCUCACUGAUCAUUUUUAGGCGUGAUAUUCGAUUAUCAACCAGAAGAUGUGUAUUUUGCUGCUUUUUACCAUGUCCUACACUAGGGUUGUAAGAUGUAUUCAUUAAAAUUAAAAGACCAGACAUUUUCAGUGAUUGAUUCCUUCGUCCAAAUACUGGCGUAAGAUAGAGUAAGGUGGCAAGUUGUGUGAAGCUUUGGUCUAGAGUGUUAGGUUAAGAAGACAAGUCGAUUGACAAAAUUAUAAAAAGUCUCACUCAUUGAGACGGCUACGACAUGUGCUACGCUUACUGAACCGCUACCUUCUUUGAUGAAUUGUGUUAGUUGAAGUAUGAUUAUACUGAAGGAGAAUUAAAGGUGGUCAUACCAAAUUACUAUUCAUUCAAUGUUUAUGUGGAACAUUGCACUGCAGAAGCAAACCCCCAUUGCACUCGAUUAUUUGUCAUACCCUUCAACUUUCCGCUGACUUUCAUUUCUCCUUCCCAUGGUCCUUUAUAUGUCCCCAUCAGAAACUAAAUCCGUGACUUCUGCUCCGGAUUCCACUCCAGGGCCUGCUUGUCUUGUGAUAUCACUUGAAGGACUUCUCAGAGUAUUUUCAAUCCAUCUCUACUUCUCUGUUGGACAGUAUGUUCUUGGCUGAUUCGCUGGACAGUCAGAGUUCCUUGUUGUUUUUCUUUUUCGGUUGACCAUCUAAUCUUCAGUAGUGAGCAAAGGUAUCUAUUGAUGAAAGUGUGCAGCCUGUUGAAAAUGCCUGUAGAAACAAUGACUUCAGAUAACCGUUGAAAGUUCGGAUAUUAUUCCUUGCGUUGUAGAAUUCUACAAUAGUUUGAGAGUAAUAAACACCUGUCUUAUUUCCUUGAUCCUAGCUUUGACACCCACACCCGUGCCACCCAGCUGUAGUUGAAGCGAUGGUUCUCAGAUAGUUGAACGAGAUAACCUCCCUCUUCUCAUUGAUGGUGACUCAUGUUCGUAGUCCACAACUGGGUAUUCUUGUCAACCCUGGCAUCUCCAUGUUCAUCUGAGAUCGUGUUUUGAUGCCAACUUGGUUUUCACCUACACAUAUUCAAGUUUGUGUGAUGUAAGGCAUAAAUAAUCAGGUCAAAACACAAUAUUAUUCUAUGGAGUUAUUGAAUCUUAUAAGUGUAGAUAGCAUAUCUGGUAUCUUCAAACAACUAAGAACCAACGACUGAAGAACCCUGACAAUGUAGAUUAAAAUAAUUCACAAUGACAGGUACAACGCUGAAUAUUUACUAAACAGAAGUUGACAGAAUUACAAGUCACUGCUGAUUAAAGAUAGAAACACAAGUUUUAUUAUUGUAUCUUCGUAAUACUACGGUCAACUCUGGUUCGAAAAGUACUUCAAUCCUAAAACGCAAUUUUACCUCUGAAAAUCUGCUGACGUAGUUACACAAAUGAUUUUUCACUUAUAACAAAGGAAUAUCCAAAGAACAACUUUAAUCUAAUAUUGAAUUACGGUACAUAAUGUAAUCGCUGACAUCAGAUUCAAGGGAUUUCAACUUCAUAGUAUCCCCUAUACACCUAGCUUUCACCAUAAUGUGGAUCAUUAUUAUUCCUUUAGUUUCGAGUGGAACAUAUGGCUUCAACACCACAUUUCCACUCUCUCCCAUUUUAUGCCGUCCUCUUCAGCAAGGUCUACGACUAACCACAAGCUCUCAUCUCCUCUCCGCACGAUCCCCUCCAUGACACCCUAGAACGAUCCAUUCGUUGCUUCCCACUCGAGAACCUGGCGCGCUAUGUCACGUGGAUUAUAUGGGGAAAAAAGUUAAGUGAAUAUUCCCUUUCAAGAAGCACCAAACUGUUAUGUGAUAAGAAAAAUGAUACAAUUCUAUUACCUGAACCAUGCAUGUAACAUUUUUCAAUUUCAUUAAAUUUUUCCGAUACCAGAAAGCUAUCGUAACUUUACCCAUUCUACCUUCAGGAGAUGAUCUAGAAGUGAAAAUAAGUGAAGUGUUCGACUUGUUUGACCAUGAACGUAACAAAACAAUCGAUUUCAGAGAACUUGGUACAGUCAUCCGAGCACUAGGUGGUGCACCAACUGAAGCUGAAAUAGUAGCACUUGUUCGUGAGUUAGAGAAUGAUCCACCAAAUGGUUACAUUAAUUAUGAACGAUUUCUUCCUGUAAUGUUGCAAGCAAUGGAACAGAAAAGAUUCGAGCCUGUAUCAGAAGAAGAAUUGCUGAAAGCAUUUUCAGUUUUGGAUACAGAGAAGAAAGGAUUUUUAACUGCACAAGCCCUGGAGUCAUAUAUGGUUUCUUCAGGAGAACCAUUUACAAAAGAAGAGAUGGAAGAGAUGCUUGCCGCUGCAACUGAUCUGUCAAAAGGGAAGAUUAUGUAUCGCGAAUUUGUAAUACAAUUAUCAACAUACGAUGAUAACGCUUAGUUGAUAUAAGAUUUUAAAAAAGUGUUUUAAAGUAAAGUUUUUUUUAUUAUCUCAAGUACAUAUAUAAUCGGCGUAAAUACAAGCGGUUGGAUUAGUAUUAGAAAAUUACUCUUCAU